CGCGCCGCCGUCCCAGAAGUCUUUGGGAGGCGGCGGCGCGGGCCAGGCAACUCGUUGGUCCCAGGGAAGAUGGCGGCGCCGGAGCCGAGGCAUUAGGGAAAUUUCGCGCCGCGGACGCCCGCUGGUCUUGGCGCACCGGCCGGCCAGGCCCUUCCUUCAAAAGAGACCCAGCGUCCUCCUGCUGCCGCCAUCAUCACUCACCUGGGCCAGUGCAGACCCUCCGCCGCUUCUUCGGCUGUGCCCUUGGCCCCCCCCCCCCGCCCCGAUCUGUUACCCAGAUAGCCAGAGGGGCCCUGGUGAAAUCCAAGAGCUGGUGACUGCCCUCAUGUGUGACUUGCGGCGGCCGGCAGCAGGUGGGAUGAUGGACUUGGCCUACGUCUGUGAGUGGGAGAAAUGGUCCAAGAGCACGCACUGCCCGUCGGUGCCCCUGGCCUGCGCCUGGUCCUGCCGAAACCUCAUCGCCUUCACCAUGGACCUGCGCAGCGACGACCAGGACCUGACCCGAAUGAUCCACAUCCUGGACACGGAGCACCCCUGGGACCUGCACUCCAUCCCCUCAGAGCACCGGGAGGCCAUCACCUGCCUGGAGUGGGACCAGUCAGGCUCCCGGCUCCUGUCAGCAGAUGCCGACGGGCAGAUCAAGUGCUGGAGCAUGGCGGACCACCUGGCUAAUAGCUGGGAGAGCUCGGUGGGCAGCCUGGUGGAGGGGGACCCCAUCGUGGCCCUGUCCUGGCUGCACAACGGUGUGAAGCUGGCCUUGCACGUGGAGAAGUCGGGCGCCUCCAGCUUCGGGGAGAAGUUCUCCCGCGUCAAGUUCUCGCCUUCACUCACGCUGUUUGGCGGCAAGCCCAUGGAGGGCUGGAUCGCGGUGACGGUCAGCGGCCUGGUCACCGUGUCCCUGCUGAAGCCCAGCGGGCAGGUGCUGACGUCCACGGAGAGCCUGUGCCGGCUGCGCGGCCGCGUGGCCCUGGCCGACAUCGCCUUCACGGGCGGCGGCAACAUCGUGGUGGCCACGGCGGACGGCAGCAGCGCCUCGCCCGUGCAGUUCUACAAGGUGUGCGUGAGCGUGGUCAGCGAGAAGUGCCGCAUCGACACGGAGAUCCUGCCCUCCCUGUUCAUGCGCUGCACCACGGACCUCAACCGCAAGGACAAGUUCCCCGCCAUCACCCACCUCAAGUUCCUGGCCCGGGACAUGUCGGAGCAGGUGCUGUUGUGCGCGUCCAGCCAGACCAGCAGCAUCGUGGAGUGCUGGUCCCUUCGCAAGGAGGGGCUCCCGGUCAACAACAUCUUCCAGCAGAUCUCCCCCGUGGUUGGUGACAAACAGCCCACGAUUCUCAAAUGGCGGAUCCUGUCCGCCACCAACGACCUGGACCGGGUGUCAGCCGUGGCGCUGCCCAAGCUGCCCAUCUCGCUCACCAACACCGACCUCAAGGUGGCCAGCGACACCCAGUUCUACCCUGGCCUUGGGCUGGCCUUGGCCUUCCACGACGGCAGCGUCCACAUCGUGCACCGGCUCUCCCUGCAGACCAUGGCCGUCUUCUAUAGCUCCGCGGCCCCGAGGCCCGUGGAUGAGCCGGCCAUCAAGCGCCCCCGUACCGCAGGCCCCGCCGUCCACUUCAAGGCCAUGCAGCUGUCCUGGACCUCGCUGGCCCUGGUGGGCAUUGACAACCAGGGGAAGCUGAGUGUGCUCCGCCUGUCACCCUCCAUGGGCCACCCGCUGGAGGUGGGGCUGGCGCUGCGGCACCUGCUCUUCCUGCUGGAAUAUUGCAUGGUGACUGGCUACGACUGGUGGGACAUCCUGCUGCACGUGCAGCCCAGCAUGGUGCAGAGCCUGGUGGAGAAGCUGCACGAGGAGUACACGCGCCAGACUGCGGCCCUGCAGCAGGUCCUCUCCACCCGGAUCCUGGCCAUGAAGGCCUCGCUCUGCAAGCUGUCCCCCUGCACGGUGACCCGCGUGUGCGACUACCACACCAAGCUCUUCCUCAUCGCCAUCAGCUCCACCCUGAAGUCACUGCUGCGCCCCCACUUCCUCAACACGCCCGACAAGAGCCCCGGAGACCGGCUGACCGAGAUCUGUGCCAAGAUCACCGACGUCGACAUUGACAAGGUCAUGAUCAACCUCAAGACGGAGGAGUUUGUCCUGGACAUGAACACGCUGCAGGCGCUGCAGCAGCUCUUGCAGUGGGUGGGCGACUUCGUGCUCUACCUGCUGGCCAGCCUGCCCAACCAGGGCUCCCUGCUGCGGCCGGGCCACAGCUUUCUGCGGGACGGCACCUCGCUGGGCAUGCUUCGGGAGCUGAUGGUGGUCAUCCGCAUCUGGGGCCUGCUGAAGCCCAGCUGCCUGCCUGUGUACACGGCCACCUCGGACACCCAGGACAGCAUGUCCCUGCUCUUCCGCCUGCUCACCAAACUCUGGAUCUGCUGUCGAGACGAGGGCCCAGCAAGUGAGCCGGACGAGGCGCUGGUGGACGAGUGCUGCCUGCUGCCCAGCCAGCUCCUCAUCCCCAGCCUGGACUGGCUGCCCGCCAGCGACGGCCUGGUCAGCCGCCUGCAGCCCAAACAGCCCCUGCGGCUACAGUUUGGCCGGGCACCCACGCUGCCUGGCAGCGCCGCCACCCUGCAGCUCGACGGCCUCGCAAGGGCCCCAGGCCAGCCCAAGAUCGACCACCUGCGGAGGCUGCACCUCGGCGCCUACCCCACGGAGGAGUGCAAGGCUUGCACAAGGUGCGGCUGCGUCACUAUGCUCAAGUCACCCAAUAGGACCACGGCGGUGAAGCAGUGGGAGCAGCGCUGGAUCAAGAACUGCCUGUGUGGCGGGCUCUGGUGGCGGGUGCCCCUCAGCUACCCCUGAGCCAGGCUGCCAGGGAGCCUCCGCACACCCUGGACACUCUUUGGCAUCAUUAACCUCAGCCCGCCCCGGAGGGCUGUUGAAGACCAUGGGCCGGGCGCCUCUGUGACCAACAGAUCUUCUGAGGACGCCCCUGAGCCUUUCUCCAGUUGGGGCUGCAGCCCACACACCACCCUCCCAGGACCCCCAGAUCCCCGGACCAUCUGCGAACUUCAGAUUCCUGGACUGUUCACGGCCUACACUCCACCCUUCCCGGGACCCCGAAAUUCCCGGACUGUCUGCAUCCAGAGGACCAGCCACGACAGCUGGGGGUCCAGGCAGACCCUGCAGUGACCUGGCUCGGGGCACCUGCCUCGGUUUCCUUGCCUCGCCUGGAGAGGGCAUUGAACAUGGACAAACUGUGGCUGGGGAGGGCAGGUCCAAUAAACGCCCUCCACGCCCA